CUCGCAGUGGCACUGACAUCAUCAGUAUUUUUUUGCGCUCACAAGAGGAGGUUUAGGUUGUGGUCUGUCGCGUUGUCUUCAGGUUGUCGGCCGUACACGCAAGAAAGGUGAAGAAACCGAGCGAGCCACCGUCGCGGCGUAAGUGCGGGUCCCUGUUCCGGUCAUCGACGCCGCUGCCACGCGACCGUGCGACCGUCAUGCCAGCGCUGGUGGAACGUCCCAAGAUGAGCAUGGCCAUGUGGGCCGCGCUCAAGAACCACAUCAUGCGACAACGCGAGAAGAAAAAGCAGGAACAGGAGGCCGACGCUGCCACCGAGCGGGUACGACGCGAGCGGGAACUGAAGCGUCGCCAGGACGCGAUGACGCUCGAGGAGAUCCGCGACCAGGUGCAGCAGUCGGAGAAGAAGCUGGUCACUCUCAAGGAAGAGAAGCACCAGCUCUUCAUGCAGCUCAAGAAGGUGCUGCACGAAGACGACACCCGGAAACGGGCUCUCGUGAAGGAGGCCAACGAGAUGGCAGCGCUCAACCACCAGUACCUUCAGCAGCAGCACCACAACGCCGCAAUGCAGCAGCACGCCGCGGCGGCAGCGGCGGCAGCAGCCGCUGCUGCGGCGAGCCCGCAACACCUCUACAUCCAGGAAAUGAACCGGGCGCACUCUAUGUACAAGUUGGCGCAACCAAUUCCGCAGAACCCUAGCGUCUUGCAUCGGGCACCGCUCAAGAGACCGCUGACCCCGUCUCCUCCGCCUCCGUCGUCGCAAGCCGCGACGUCGUCGUCUUCCCAGCAAGCGACGCCGCCCCAGUCGGGCUUCUCGCCGCAGCAGCCCUACGCGUACAAGGCUCAGACGGCAUACGGGGCACCCAAACUGAUCCCGGCGUACGCGCCGGGCCACGGCCCCAUCUACUACGCACACGUGCCCGGUCAAUCGGUGCCAACGGCCAUGGCACCCACAGCGCCCGUGCCCUACCCGGCGUACCCGACGCCGCAGUUCCCGCACCACCACGCCGAGUCCGCGGCGGCAGCGGCGGCCGCCGCUGCUGCAGCUGCCGUCGCCAAGCAGCAGCAGAUGGUGGCCACGCACAACUUCCACCUCGCCCACCAGCAGCAGCAAGCCGCGCAACAACAGCAGCAGCAGCAGGCCGCUGCCGCUCAACAGCAGCAGCAGCAAGCCGCUGCUGCGGCGGCGGCAGCUGCCGCGGCCGGGUACCCCGGGGGACCCGUGGUUCCUCAAGCCAUGGAGCCCCCGCACGGACUGCAGAAGCCUCGCUUCCACGACGAGAAGUUCUACGUGUCCCAGCCGUCCAUGGUCCCCAUGCGGACACUGGCCUCGUCGGUGACGCAGUCGGCUGCGCUGGCGUUGGCCAGUCCGCAGCCGAAACCCUCGUCGUACUUGACGGCCGCGCAGCAGCAUCACAUGGCAGCGGCCGCCGCGGCCGCUCAAAGGCACCCGGGUUAUCCAGGUCAACCGACGCGGUUCUACUGAGGCACGGCGCAAGUGCCUGUUGACGUGGUGAAGUUAGCGCUUGCGGCCAGCUAAUGCAUGGAAGGGGUGGGUGCCCAGCUAGUGUGCACAAGGCAGAAUGGCCGCCUGCAUUGUGGUAUUUCUGUUCAGGUAGUACACGGAGCGCCAUUUUGCUGCCUCAGAUGCGCACAGUCUUUGGUGUCCGUUUACAACAUUUUUUUUUUUUUUGCUUGAAGUGCAAGCUUGCCGAUGCGCAGCUUUAAUUAAAGCUUAUGUAGGCAGGCCCCCUGAAGCAUAGGAGGCGAGGUUAUCCUGCAUAGGGGUCUGCACAGACGUUGAUUCUAUUUCUAGUUUGUGCUGUGUGCCAGGUUGUGCCACUUGCACAAGGACAUCCUGUGCUACAUUAAUUAGGCACAGCCUAAUUACAGCAGUACAGAAACAGUGGAGUAAAUUACAACUGUAAUUUAAGGAAAUCUGCGACUAGCUACAGCAGCUGGAACAAAAGCCAUGCAACCUGUUGGAACAGAUGUUUUGACAGGAUGUGUAAGACAUAGAUGAGGACAAAUAAUUUUUGUGUGCACACAAUUACUUGAACCCGUGAGGGGUUCGGCCUGAUUGGCUAUGGUGACCGAGCUCGGUUGCUUCUCUGUCUACCUUGGCUUCCCGAUCCGUGUGAAUGGCAUACCUCACUGCUGCCCCUCGGCCUCGGCUACUAAUGGCCUCUCGUGAAUAGCUUGUUAAUGUGUUUCCAUGUAGUUAAUGCAUCUUCAAGUGUGAAGGAAGUUGUACGUCGUACUCAUCUACGCUGCCAAACUUGGCCUUCAUACUUGUGAUGCAAAGAUAUCGAUAGUACUAUCAGUAUCGAUAGUUGAGUCAUUAUCAGACUAUUGAAAGUACAAAAACUAUGGACAGUACCAUAGGUAGCACACUAUCGAUAACAUAAAAAAUUCACACGACGUACCCCACACAAGCACUGCAACAUAAACUUGGCGACGUUUCCCUGUACCCACCUGCAUGAACUGAGCAUGAAUCGCAAAAUUUUUGGUAAUAUCACUAGCCAAGAAUUUCAAAACUACAGUUGGAUAGCAUGGUCAAUGGUGAUGCAUCGUAAUAUUAUUGAUAGUACUAUCGAUAGUGCUGUUAUCGAUAGUUUUCGUUACACUAUUGAUAGUUUCAUAUAGCGAAAUAUCUUAAUACUAUCGAAAGCCUUUUGUUGCACUAUCGAUAGUUUCAUAAAGCUGUCAAUUGUUAAUUUACUCAUCGUUUUGCAGCACUAUGUCAUACACACUGUCAAGCUUGGUGAAAUAAGCAUGUGCAUUGUGUGGCACGUUUUUGUCAAGAAUCUGUGCAGAGCUGUGAAGUUGGUAAUGGCUAAAAGGUCCAGGGCACGUAAAAGCUUUCAUUCUGCCAUUUGAGGUACAUUUGGCUGCUUUUAGCUUAGCUGGUCUGGCAAGGACAUUGAAGUGUGCAGCAAAGCAAAAACGCUUCAAUCUUGCAAGUGUGCAAAGCGACUGUGAUGGUUUGCUGUUAUGCUAGGUUGUGAGACGGAAAUGUGCCUCUUAACGUGCCCACUGCCCCCAUGCUCAUGUCGGUGUCUUAUAGUAGCGCCACAUUUGGUCAAUUACAGUCAUGGACUGAAAUGGCGGGUUGGUCGCACCUGAAUCUCAAUUAUUACUUUUUUUUAAAGGCGGUAUAAGCUCGCACAGCAUGGAUGGAGGCAAUGUUGGGAACCUCGGCGGUGAAGGUUAAGGAGCGGCUUUCAGAAGUUGAUGUGUAGUUUAGUGAACUCGCUGCAGUCUUACUUUCGUACUGUGAUGCACUGCCUGUUGAGAGUGGGGGAUCAUUUCGUGCUUGAAAGCAAUCGUAAUCAAGGUAUCAGAGUGUCACAGUUCUGCGGCUCUCCAGUUUCGGUCGUGUUAGUUCAUCAGAAACAAAUCUAUUAUUGUGCUAACUGCUCCGGCAGUCAACCGGCAGUAUAUAUAUGUAUAGGUUUUAACCAUGAAUGCUGCAUAUCGUGGGCCAUUUGAUUGGUCUUUUCUUACGUGCUGUUUCAGUUAUGUCUCCUGUAAGGCUCAUUCACGGGUGGAACAAACUUACUUUUCUCCUUUGUGUUGUCUCCAAUUCAAGUGUGGCAAAACUGGUAUGACAACAUACCUCUCUUUGUACCUUAAGGAUGCUUUACUGCUGAUUUCAAGCUGAAAACUACAUCUUCCCCUGCAGUUAUGUUUGUUGUUUGUUAUUGUGAAGUAUUUCUAUAUAUUGUUCUUACUUUUUUUUUUUCUGUACUGAUGGUAGGUACUGCACAGGCUGUGCAUUGUACAAACAUGGAUUCCGAAAGUAGUAGUGGUCCUUUUAACAUUUCAGUAACAUGCCUCUACAAUAUAUUGUUAAUGGUUCUUGAUAUUUUAGGUGAGUUCCUUAUCUAGGCCAGUAAUAUUCCAUUGCGUCUUUAUAAUUUUUUUUCUUUUUUUUUUUUUUUUGCGCUAGCAAGGUAUGCAUUGUGUGCUAGAUGGCAGUUUGAUGUGUUUGGCUCUUGUUUUAUUCAAGAUGUUUUUGAAUCCUCCUUAUGAUGCUCUUUUAAAAUUCAUUGUAUGUGUUUUGUACAGGGCUACAAGUGUUUCAACAAGCUGCUCUUGUAGCAGCCACCAGCAGGCAGCUUUUGCAACAUUGUUUUGGGUUAAAACAAGUGCUGGCAAGUGCGCACUUUGUUUGGCUCGUGCAAGGCUGGCAUUAUUGUUCACAACAAUCCCCGAGCAAAAGUUUCUAGUACCGCAUUGAACAAGCACUCUAUCAUCUUACUCGAUCACUCGCUCCAUUCAUCCUUUAUGCUAAGGUGGCACCACACCUUUUCUAGUGUUCAAAUUCCUUUCGCACAAUGACUGCACAUUUCGCUUGCUUAGCAUUGUUUAUUUUGCACAUUUGCAUGCCAAACUCAACCAUUGGCAAGAUGUUCAGUGAAUUCUGGCCUUGCCUUGUAACUUCCGUGUUGAAGAAUGUGACAUGUUCACAAUCCUGAAAUUUCACAUACAGAGAGCAAAAUGGCUAGGCAAAACUCUUUCAUGUAUAUCGCCAGCCGGACUUGCCCGGCGAUCUGUUGGAGCUCUGCAAAUGCGGCAGGGCUAUGAGAUGCGUCCCACUUGUUUCACACGGGGCAGUCUACUUUCUGAUUUACAUCUCUUGUCAACGCUGCUUGCUCAUCAAAUGAGCGUGCAAAGUGGCACCAAUGUGGCGGCCACCAUUUGAGCCUUGGAUCAGAUAGAAGCGGGCAUGGAUUACUUCUUUUGCUGUGUUACUGUUGGCAGCGACUUCUUUGGGUGGCAAAAAUUGCUCCUGAUCCAGUCACGCUCUGCGCUUUUAUUGUUUUUAUCGAAGGCUGACAUGCCGCAGGAAAUGUUUUUAGCAAUGAGCGCUCUGGGACCCAAGCACAUCACAAGUGAUAGAACGUUACUGUGUUUAGUGUACAUUACUGACGACUCCAUUGUUGGUUGUUACAAUGCUUGUCUGUCAUUCCAACCACCACACACGCGAUAUGUGUGGUUUGUGCGAGGGUAGCGUAACGAGCCGUAACUGCAAACUGGUGCUAACCUGUUAUAUUUAGCAUCCUCCACUGAAAUGGGCUUUGUCCGAAAAUAAAUGACAAAACAUAACCUUGGUACUGCCGGCCAAAAAAGAAGUGAAAAGUGAUCAUAAUUGCAGGUAAGCUGUUGCAUUGUCUCCUGUAAAUUUAACAAUUAGCAUGGUUCGAGCAGAAUGACAUGACUGCUUUAGCUGUAGAAUAACAGGAACUGUAUACACAUUUUGAAACUUAUUUGGAGGAGCGCUAAACAACGGGACGAGGAAAAACAACACGAGGGCGGAGACCGCACGCACAAAAUGUAUGCACAUUUUUUGUCGUGUAGUUCUUAAACUGACCCCUGUGUGCACAUGCUCAUGGGAAGAAAAAGCUUCAAAAUCAGAAUUGCCAAGUAAUUCUGAUUUUGAGACACUGAUAGGGACACUAAAGCAAAACACUAAAUUGGCUUACACAGAUAAAGUGUUCUGUGAAAACUCUAUUGUUGUUAAUGUCAAAAUAAUGGUUUGAUUAUUCGAAAAGAAAAUAAAGGUCAAAUUUUCAGUGUUUUUUGCGCCGUAUCCCCCACGCCAGGAUGCCAGAUGUCAUGAAUUUCAAGUUUUUUUUUUUUUUUUUCCAGGCUGUGUUGGCUUGGCAAAAGUUCCCAAAAGUCAUUAUGUUCAACCUUUGGCUCCUUUAGAAAACAAAGUAGUCUAUCUUUACCACUAAAAAAUUUAGUAAUCUCUAUAAGGUGCUGGCAAAACCGAUGACAUCAGGGCGAGCUGGUGUGGAAACUUUAAGGAGGCUUCGCCACCUGUAUUUUGUUAUUGCACUUCUUUCUGGCUUGCCAAGCAUCUUAUCGUGGUAAGAGCGGUGUUUUUGAUAUUCUAGAAGGGUAACUUACUGAUACAGAAGAAAUCGUUUUUCUCUUUAGUGUCCCUUUAAAAUGUAUCACAUACAUUUUAGGACACCGCUUAUUGAACCCUCGCAGAAAAAUUGAUCAAUACCCACAAAGUGUACUGGGGGAAAGCGGUAGAACUCUGACAUCUAAGUGUCUGCCUGUGGUGCGAUCAUGUGACCAUAUAGUGGGCUUGACUAUGGGAUGACCAUGUAGUGUUCCAUGUUCACAAAUUGUCACGGCUGUGACCAGGGGUGUGCAUUGGCAGCCAACACGAGUGUACUUUGCAGCGGCACUUAAACAGGCAAUGAUGGGAAUGGCGCUAAAAACAUCUUGAAACCAAGUUAUCACCGCGCAUUAAUGCCUUGAGUGGUUGCUACUGAGAGCUUCUAUGUAUGCUGCAUUGAUCACUUUUCAUUUUUUUUUGGUUGGCUGUGUGUUGUUGACUGUAUACAGUAAGCGAGCCCCUGCAUUCAUUUUUUUUUUACUUGCUAUGCCCUCGGCGGGAAAGUUGCGCCAUUGAUAUCCAGCAGUUGCUCAUGGCACUUGUUGGACAUUGUGCCAGCAGGAGCAUUUAGAACUACACCCAAGAGUGUAGUUGGGCUGUGCUCGCAACUUUGCUCUCCAGUGAAGCAAGGCUGAUGUGCUGGAGCUCUUUUAGAAGGUAUCCUCAUAUUGAGAGCUGUCACUCGAAUUAAAGAAACUUAGUUUUAUGCACGUGUAAAUUGACCGCGUCAGCAGUAGAUGGCUCAUCUAGGCACCCAUUGCCCUGCUGCUUGCGUUACUCUGUCGUUAGGCGCUCCCAGGUUUUGUGCUAACUUAUCGCAUAAGUUUCACAUUCUGCGAUUGUGUCGGCACUUUGACGUGCCUGCUUAGCUGAAGCUAGAAGACAUCUAGCGUAGGUCCAGAAACCAUCUUAGCCAGACAUCUAGCAUAGGUCUAGAAGACAUCUAGUGUAAGUCUAAAAGACAUCAUAGCCCUGCUCAGGUUCACCAGCAGCCUUUUGUUGUGUGACAUAAGUUCUCCUACAAAUUGUGAGGGGGUGCUGUCUUAGACGAAAAGCAAAUGCACUGACAGUGCCAAACUUAGCACUAUAUAUGCCCCACUUAUUUGAAUUGUCACACGUGGCAGGACUGCCUACAGUGCAUGCCGGUGAUCUCAGUACUGAACUUAGACAUCGUAACAAGCGCUGAUGGACGGGAACACAAAGAGGAGACAAGUCCAGUCUACUUGUCUCCUCUUUGUGUUCCCGUCCAUCAGCGCUUGUUACGAUGUCUAAGUUCAGCUACAACCAACUAGCCCAAAUUUCUGCUUUAAAUAAUCUCAGUACUGUUCGCACUGCUGUAGAGGAGGCAGGGGAUAAGGCUACACACGGAAGAGUGCUGUGUAGGAGUGUUAGUGGACACGCUGCAGACAGGCUUUCUGCGCUGGAUGAGCUAUACACUGCUGUCGUAACGAAAUGUUUCGUGCAUUCUUUGCGUCAUAGCGCCUAGUGAAGGCCUUCGUCGUGUGCUCUGUACCUUAUUCUGUAAGUGCUGUCAUCAAACCCACACUCCAGUGCAUUUGUGUUUGAUGUGUACAGAAAUGCGCUGUAACUGGUCAAGAAGAAUGGAGAGGCUGUUGAUGUUUGCGUUUGAAACAGCACCUCUGUUGGCCCUGUUGUAAUGCCCGGUGAGCGUUGCAGCCUGUCUGCAACGUGCAAAGUCGUGUUGGGAGCCAUGCAGAAGGUCUCGUGGUUGUAAUGCAUGCUCCUGCACAAUAAUAAGUUGUAAAGGGAGCACCUCGCAGUGUCAAUUUUGCCGAGUUGAAACACCCAGUGAGAGUGCGAUGUUAUUGUACAUUUGUGUCUGAUAGUGUCUUGUUUCAGCUUGUUGUUGCUUCCUGUUUCUGUCGUGCUGGGUGUGUUUGCAGUCAGAGCAGCAGAAUGUGCUUUGUUUAACAUUUACCAAAAGUGUACAAAGUGGCUUGUCGUACGUAGAGGCCUCAACACUUUCCUCUCACUUGCUUCGAAUGGCGCAACUAGCUGGCAAGAUGUGCCUAUUUCAAGUGGCAUAUCGUAUGUAUUCGUUGCUGCUUGCCACACUACAAAAGACCAUCUGUAUGUAAUCGCACGUCUUGGAAGAGGCGUAGACAGCAAGGGUGUUGUGUGUUGGUGGUUUCAAAGAAUAUUAUUAUGCCAUUGGGGAUGCAUUGUCAUUGCUGGAAUGUAAGGUUUCAAACAUUGUGUACACGUCUUCACCCUUUCUGUGUUUCUUUCUUAGUGGUAGUUCCCACUAUAAAAAAAAAAAUUCCUUUUUUUUAAUGUUGUGGCGGCCGCAACAUCGUAGAGUAGCAGAAAUGCAAUUCACUUGAUGAAUAUUGCAGUUGCAAUCUCUUGUUAGUGUCUUCUUGAUUUUGCAUUCCGAACAGCUUUCACCAGCACCUUUGCUACAGUGUUGCAGUUUUUCUCUCUGAGGGCAAACAAAUUGUUGCUAGAACUGCUGUGGCAUGCACGCACAGCCAACUUUUUGUUUUGCAUGCUGAAUGCGCAUGUUGCACCCAUCUGCAAUGCCGUGGUGCCCGGUGACGACACAAACCAACAGCACGUCCCUACGACUUCUUUCCUAAUUAUUCUUUGGGCACAGUAUGCUACUGCCAUCGGGGAUCUCUAAAACAGAGAGGGAAAGCCCUACAUAUCUGAAAUUCCAAAAAACAUGUACAUUUGUAUUUCCCAUGAUCAAAGGCCACGUGCUGGUGUCAUGAUGCCUGCUGCUUUCCCACUGUACACCUGGCUUCAUGGCAACUUGAGGGGAAUGCUGAGAAGAUUGCUGUUAUGGAUUUUUUCAUGGAAUUUCAAGGGAAAGGUUUCUUUUCAUGGAAUUUCAAGGGAAAGGUUUCUGUUGAGUUAUGUUCAAUAUUAAUUGACAUAAAUCAUGCAAGCAUACAAAGAGGCUCCAUCUCCUCAACUUCGCUCCUGUUGUAGAAUUUUGUUCUUCACUCCCUGCCUCCUUAUCUCAAGGGUCAAAUUUGCCAUGGCAAAAUAAAGAAAACAAGAAAAUUUCGUGCUUUUUACCGUAGUUGCCAUUCAGCCCACCAUAGUCUAUAACUACUGCCUUCCUUUGAAGUAGUGGUGGUGUUGUGAAACUCGUAGUGAAAUUGGCCUGUUGUGUUGAACGAGCUGUACUCAUUCAAAACUCUUGGCAACAAAACCGCGCAAAUGAGCCUAGCUCAUCCGAAACACAGAAGGGGUUGAAGGCGUCAUUUUGUUUUAGCCAUCUUGCAUCACAAUUUCUGCUACACACUCGCCUCUACGCUGUAAAUGAGCAAAUUGUUCCACUAGCACAAUUUUUUUUUUUUGUACGUGCUCUUUUAAUUUCAAAAACUGUGCUGUGCAAUCAUGCUGAGUAAAUGCUGUUUGCAACUGUGCCCUGCAUAGCCCAUUGUCGAGCACGUAACUCGCGUUGGGAGCCAACCAUCUGCUUUCGGUGUUGCAAGAAAGAAAACUGCGAGCGUCAUCUGUCACUGUCUGUUGCUUGAUAAACUGCGGUCCCUCAUUCUUGUAUUUUCUGCUUGCUUUUAACAUGUGUGCGAUGAUGUUAGAACUUUCAAUGACUUCGCUGCCAGUGAUUCACAUGUGUCUGUGUUCUUAGAUUCAAUCCGGCUUUGACUGUCUUGUGAGAGUUGUUGAUUGGUGACCUAUUGUCGGUGCCGCUUUGAAGUUAACCUGUGACACUUAGAUGUAGAACCCUCGUUGGAAGUGUUGACAUCCGCUGCUGUUAUUCUUGGCAUCUUGCUACUGUUCUUUUUUUCUUUCGUUUCGUUUUUAUGAGGACUGUCAAAGCACUUCAAGAAGUUCAGUGCUAGGCGAUACUCGCGGCGCUGUUGCAGAGUUAUUGUAAUAUUCAUCUUUCACAUUCACUGGGCCAGCCUUGAGUUGCUUUCCAGGAAAGGCUUCUUGUCUUGGAGUCGUUGACGUAGGUCUUGCCUAAUAAAGGCCUUGUUCAGUCCAUUCACAACAGAAUCGGUAUAAUGGUACAAUGCAGAGUGUCUGCUUCAUGCUCCGAUAGCUUUUAGACAGCUCAAGUUGUGUUCUUAAGGUUUAUUUACAGUGUUCUUAACUUAAGUAAUCAUCAAAACAGAAUUAGUGUUCAUUGGACGUCUUGGUACUUUUCUUUAUUUAGCCAUUACCAGACAAUCAUAUCCUUCUGGCCAGUCUGCGAUAGUGACCUGAGUUAGGGCUGCUUAGGACUGGUGCAAGAAGCAACGUGUCGAAGGCAGCCUCGUGAAUGUGAGAGAUAGACUUCUGCUUUCUUCAGAAAGCGACAAACAUCUUAAGGCUGUGUCUUAAGCAAGUAAGCAGCUACGCUGCAGGCUAUGUCUUCUUUCCGUCAGCAACGAGAUAAGCUGUUUGUAGAGAACUUGAGAGAGUGUGUUGCCUUUUUGAACAGGAUUUGACAGCACUGUAUUUUUGAUAGGAGGAGGUGCCUGUGCUGCCAAUUUGUAUUACAAGCUACUUAAACUUGAAAGGAUUUCUAAGAAGAUGGCACACGUGACGAAUGGUAGAAGCGUCGUCGCAGCCAUAAAUGCUGCUGUGUCCAAACUGUGCUACUGUAUAUUCAGUUCCUGUAUGCAGAGAAUUGAAGUGGCAUUCAUGGAAAGAAGUGUUGCUUUGUUCGUUUGCCUACAUUAAGGCAGCCACGCAUACUGUUCAGAUGUACUGCAUGUGCCAGAACAUCCUGUCAAAGCGAUUUCGCAUCGUCAUAGGGGACCACCCAAGACGUAAGGUUUCUGGAGACCAACAGUAACAAAAUCUUUGACUGCGUCAAAAGCCUAGUUUUAGAUAGUGCAGACACGAAGCAGCCUUCAUGCGAAAUUUUACGUUUGAAAUGCACGUUACGUUUAGGAUGCAUCACGAAAAGCUAUCAAAAGUAUAAAUUUUUGAUGCCGAAACUGAGGGAAAAAAGAACACUGCCAUUACCAUUUGCCAGAAAUGACAAUGUUCAGAACAAGCACAGUGAACAACGGCCAGCGCCUGCAGUGCGUUGAUCAUUUCGGAGGUCACGGUCCGGGAUAUGCAUCAUAUUCACUAACCACUAGAUCCCUGCAUCGUCUAUAAACGUUCUAUUUAAAGGCUGUUAGUAAAAAAAAUUAGACAACUGCUAGUCUGGCUGCUUUACCAAAGCAGUGAAUACUAUCUAUUUAUAGCUACUUCAGCCAAAUUUUCUAGAUCUGUCGUUUUGUUUGUCGUCUUGUUGGGGUGUCUAACACCAGAAGCUUAAUUUGGACAUUCAAGGACGUACAUCAAAUGUUUUCAACGCACUUUAUUGUAUGACAUUGCUUUUGUUUAUUUCGUCACCACUAUUUAUUUUGACAACAGGCUCAUUUUUGCUAUCGUAUAAUAUUUCCAGGGCCACAGUGUAGGUGGGCCAUUAUGUAAUUUUGCUGCCACCACAACUUGACAAUCGGGACUCGGCAUUUCAUGUAAGCUGCUCGUUUCCUGCAAGUCGUUUGCAUCCAAGUAAUCUUUCAAGUUGUGUUAAGGAGCAGACAAAUGCCAGGAGGCAUGCACAGAUACAACUUAAUCUUUAUAGCCUGGAGAGCCUGAGCGUUAUCAAUGGCAUCUGAAAGGCUAGAACAAACUGCUUGACGAGUUUGUGUGCCGUCUUCUUAGUGAUCCUGUCAGAUUGAAAUAUGUGGCUGCUUUGACGCAAGUUCACAUGCUGUUUCACAAACAUUUCGUGACCGCCUAUACAACCGUUGCCGGCCAACUUAAAAGAGUUUAUAGACAAUUAUCGCCGAGCGGGCCUUUGAAACCUCUUUGUUGCAUUGUAAGCACGGGCAGCACAGCUCGAGUGAUAUAUGAAAAGGCGCGAAUCAAAAAAAUGCCACCGCUACCUUUCCGUCAUUCCUGUGUCUCCAUCGCGAAGCAGAGAAAGCUCAAUCUUUUGACUCAGUGUCUGUGAUUGCACCUCUGCGUUUUUUGGUUGUGCAUUCCCUACCCGCUGAUCGACAUUGUUUCACCUUCCUCGUUUAUUUGCGGACUUCGUUAACGUUGAGUUCGUACGGGACUGUUUCUUCCCGGACGCUCCGGAGCAGACAUGUUCUUGGCCUGUCUUUUUAUUUUUGUACAAAUAAAAACGUUGCCCCAUCA